UCAUCUCUCUCCCCCUCCUGCUCUCACUCCCUCCUCUCUCUGCUCUCUCUCACUCACUGCAGUAAUGAGUCUGCAGUUAGCAGCCUGUUUUUUCUCUCUAGACCCUGUGCUAUCUCCUCACACGGUCCCAAGCUGUGCAGACCAUGCAGCAGGACAGACAGAUCCACUGGCUACUGGACGGACAGACAGACACUCCCAGAGGUAGAGGGUACGCCGGAGGGCGAUGAUCGCUUUGCUCAACGCUACUUCGUCCAGCCCCACGGGCGGGACCCAGGGGUCAGGGCAGCUGCAAAGGUCUGUCUGUGUCCUGGGAUUCAUCCCUGUCAUUUACUACAGCGCCCUCCUCUGCAUCGGAGUGCCAGUGAACAUUCUGACGGCAGUGGUCCUCUCCCGACUCGCAGCCCGCACCCAGAAGUCCUCAUACUUCUACCUGCUAGCCCUGACAGGCUCCGAUAUCCUGACCCAGCUCUUCAUCGUCUUCGUGGGCUUCUUGCUGGAGACUGCUGUUUUCCAUCGAGAGGUCCCGGAGCUGCUUCUCCACAGCAUCAGCGUGCUGGAGUUCGCCGCGAACCACGCCUCCAUCUGGUCUGCCGUAUCACUGACGGUGGAUCGCUACCUAGCGCUGUGCCACCCCCUGCGCCACCGGCAGUUCAGCUACCCGGAACGAACGCAAAAGGUCAUAGCCCUGGUCUUUGUUUUAGCACUUGCUUCUGGUGCCCCCUUCUACUGGUGGUCGGACGUCUGGAGGGUCACCCGCCCACCAACAGCAAUGGACAAGGUGCUAAUCUGGACCCACUGCACCAUUAUAUAUUUCCUGCCCUGCAGUAUCUUCCUGGUGCUCAACUCUAUUAUCAUCUACAGGCUGAAGAUUCGGCACAGGAAGCAAUGCCGUGAGCAGUGCCAACAGCCAGCCCCGAGGCGCUGCGGCAAAACCACGGCCAUCCUGCUGGCACUUACCACCGCCUUCUCAAUCCUGUGGGCGCCACGCACUUUCGUCAUCAUCUACCACCUCUACGUGUCCACGGUGAACCGCAACUGGCUCGUUCACCUGGCCUACGACCUUGCCAACAUGCUUGCCAUGCUCAACACCGCUGUCAAUUUCUUCCUGUACUGCUUCGUCAGCAAGCGUUUCCGCUCGGGCGUCCGAGACGUGCUCCUGCUGUGUGGAGGGGCCCUGCCAGCUCCCCAUCAUCCCCUGACCCUCAAACCACUUUCCAGUUCCCUGCACUCCUCCUGUGAUGGCAAGAGACUCAGCGCCCCUGACGUCACCCCUUCCCAUUUCUGACCCAGGAAUUACCACAUAGACACGGCUUUGGCAGUCCUCCAACCAUUCUGUGGGCUUUAAAGAAUGGGAAGAAAGAUAUUGAUAAAGACUUCUCAUCAAAAUGUUUGGCAAAUCAUUUUCUAUUAGUUUCUUGUUAAUAUUCCUACAGAGAUGGAUCUCUUAUUUGCUGAAGGUGUUCUAUGAGGGAAUCAAGGAAUAAUGCAACUUCACCCAAUCAAUGAAUCAUAAAGGGACCGUUCUAGUAUUUACAUUUACACUUGUUAUUGUUCCUCCAUUGCUGUAAAUAAAAAAAAAAUGAGGAGAGAUUAAUUACUACUCAGCAUUUGGGGUUAGGGGUAGGGUUAGUUAUAAACAAUUGGGGACAUUCCUAAUUGGCAUACAUGGUCAGAGUUUGAGAACGGUUCAAUUUUUACUGGUCCAGGGAACAUUUAAAUGAUUGAGUUAUAUAUAUAUAUAAAUAUUUUAGUAGUUGGCAAUUAUUUUUAUUGUUUUCUCCCCAAUUUAGUAAUGUCCAAUUAUUUUAGGUCAUCGCUACCACCCCUGCGCUGACUCGGGAGGGGCGAAGGCGAACACACGCUGUCCUCCGAAGCAUGUGCCAUUAGCAACCCGCUUUUUUACACACUGCAGACUCACCAUGCAGCCACCCAGAGCUACAGCGUCGGAGGACAACGCAGCCCUAAGCAGCUUACAGGCAAGUCCGCAUGUGCCCAGCCAGACCACAGGGGUCGCUAGUGCGAGGUGAGCCGAGAACACUCUGGCUGACCUAGCCCUCCCUCCCUCCGGGCGGCACUCGGCCAAUUGAGCGCCGCCCCCUGGGAGCUCCCGUCCUCGAUCGGCAAAGGAAUAACCUGGACUUGAACCGGCGACGUCUAGACUAUAGGGCGCAUCCUGCACUUCACGUGGCGCUCCUUUACUGGAUGCGCCACUCUGGAGCCCCUAUUGAGAAAUAUAUUUAAGUAUUUAAAGUUCACCGGAAAAAACAAAAACAAUGCAUAUUCCAGAUGCGUAUAGUAUUUAGGACCCAGUUUAAAUAGAAAGCAUGAAUUGGAAUCGUCCUUUUACAUUAGAGCAGAGCUGGACAAGGCUGGAUUGUGGGUUGAACACAGCAGAACUGUUGUGCAGAUUCAUUUUCAUAACAUGUUUCAGAAGUGUGAAUUCUACAAAGGCUGCCCUGACGAUUGGUCCUAAAGAGGAAAUGGGUUUAUAAAAGCAACCACGUCAAAAAAGAUGGGUAUUUCUUUUUUAAAUGAAGUUAUUUUUGGAACAGCACCUUCCCGAUAGAAGACACUGGCUUAUAAGCAGUAACAGACUGGGCCCGCACACUCUGGAAUGAGAAGGGAUAGAUUUCUCUUUACUUGUGAAACAGGCUUUUUAAACACUCGUCAUGAAACACACAACCAACCAUCAUUACAACAAACUGGGAACUUAGUUUAAGAGCUCUAAAAUGACCUUUAUAUUGUGUUCAUUGUGAUGUGAAAGUCCUUAUCUAGCCACAUUUUUUUGUUUUUAAUUGCCUAUUGAUAUUGUUUAUUGCAAAAGUACUACUGUUAGCAAAACUAGUACUGUAUGCUGUAUGUACCAUAGAACAUUCUCUAUUGGUUACUGGCCUCCUAUACAACCAGGUUAGAAAAAGAAAAACCACCAACCUUGGAUUUCAAUAACCUGAUGUAAUGAUGUGUGGACAAUUCCGAUGUGAUUUUCUCUUUAAGAGCACAAUUUAUUUAGCAAGGUCAACAAUACCACCUUAAAGGGUAAGAGCCACACUACCUACAGUUGUUAUACAUAUCUCUCCUCUUUUGCAUGCGUUACAUGCAUGCCAGUUGCAAUUUCCUUCAUUUUCAGAUUAGGUCUAAAGGAGCACAAUAAAUCCAGUCAUGCUAGGAUAAGUGACCUGUCUGGACCACAAAGCACAAACUGAGCUGGAAUCAAUCCUGGCAGAUUCAAGCAUGCAAACUGAAUUACAACACCUGGUGGACACAAAGCAAACUGCAGCCAGCGCUGGGGUCCCUGAAAGGGGCUGUGGUUGUAAGUAAAAAAAAUGAAUAAACUCACUCAA